CUGUGAAGGGGGCCGUCCCUGUUGCCGGAGAGAAGCCAGCGGAAGGCCCACCUAUAGUGAUCGUUUGGAGAUAUCUCUCCCGUUCGGACCAUAUUCUGAACCGACUGUGCAGUUGAAGGGGAAGAGUCGCAGGCUUAUUCUGUCACAGCAGCUCGGCCAAGAUGGAUGUGUUUAUGAAGGGUUUGUCUAAAGCAAAGGAGGGGAUGGCGGUGGCCGCAGAGAAGACCAAGGAAGGAGUUGCGGUAGCGGCCGAAAAGACCAAGGAAGGAGUAAUGUUUGUAGGUACCAAGGCCAAAGACAGUGUCGGUACAGUGGCCGAGAAGACAACUGGUGCCAUGGGGAACAUCGCCGCUGCCACUGGCCUGGUGAAGAAGGACGAGUUCCCUGCUGACAUGAAUCCUGAGGAGUAUGGACAGGAGGCCAUGGAGGGCCAGGGAGAGGCCAUGCUGGAGCCAGAAGGGGAAACAUAUGAUGAGACCCAGCAGGAGAGCCAGGACUACGAGCCAGAAGCAUAAAAGCAUCUGCCCCCGCCACCGUCCAACCAGCAGCACAAUAACAUUUCUAACAAUAAAAUGGACAAAUGCUGAAACGAUCACAAUUAUAACCCUGUUGCAAAAAAACGACAAAACGACACACAAAAAAAAAGAUAAACAUUCCCACUGAAAAAAAUGUUCUUCCUUCAAGACAGAUCUUUUAUUAUUAUAUAUUGUAAAUGUCAUGUUCUUAAUGUAGUGUGUUGGGUGUAGGUAUUUAAUGCGACGUAGGAGCUGCCCUGUCGGUCUCAUUUCCUUGACUCCCUCCCAAUGAAAUGAGACCAGAGCCGGGGCUUGUGACUCUGUACUUGUGCGUAUCUGUAUCUAGAAAUGUGCGAUAGAUGUUCAUCAUCUUCCAAUGACACAUUGGGAGUGGGAGAAAAAACAAAAAAAGUACUAAAUAAUUAAGUCCGGUUGACUCCAAUAAUAUCCUCUUAAGUGUCUACAAUGCCUGUUUGUGGAUUUUUUCUUCUUCUGCGUUUACUUUGAAAGCAAGGUAUUUGUUUCUUUAAUGUUUUUGAAAGUAAGAGUUUUAUACAUUGUAACUUUAUAGUUGCUUGUGAAAUCAUUCCAGUAAAUUAUCUGUUGGUGAGAUGGACAAACUAUACGUGUGUGUGCGUGCGAGUGUGUGUGUGUGUGUGCGCGUGUGUGUGUGUGUGUGCGUGCGUGCGCUGAAGAUUUUAACAAGUUAAAGUCAAUAUAUUAUGUCUUGAAAUCAUAAUGGUUGUCACAUCAAUCUGUGCUUUAAUUGCAGAACUUGUCAAUAUAAAGGUUUAUGUAUCAAGCCAGAAAAAACAAAUCCUCUGUAAAUAAAAAAAAGUAAGAAAAAGA